AUGUGGAGACCGCCGUGGUUCCAGCCAAAGUGGUACCUGCUGUACAGAACGUGGGUGCUCUUCACGCAAUUCAGCUUCCUCUUCGCUCAAGUUCAAGCCCUGUGGUACUUCCGAGGAAACAUGGACAAAAUCACCCACGAUACAUGUCUUCUUAUUACCACAAUUCUUGGACUAGUAAAAUUCUUUACCUUCGUUUUAAAACAGGAGGAUUUCUUUCGAAUGGUACAGAAAAUAGACGAUACCAGGGCAGAACAAAGCAAGACCGGUGAUUCAGAAAUAAUUUCUAUCCUCGAUACAUCGUACAGAUCGGCGAGAACUAUUACGCUGUACAUGACGUUUCUGGGAGGGUCUUCACCUGGAGUGUGGGCCAUCAUUCCCACCAUCAUGCGGAAGUUCGGCAUCUUUCCACCAGAGAGAGAACUGCCGGCGACUGCCUGGUACACCAGCAGAGACACUGAGACUCCCGUCUACGAGAUACUCAGCACACUGCAGUACUUCAGCAUGCAGUACAGCUUCUUCAUGGCGAUGUGCCUCGACCUGCUUUUUGUUUGCAUUAUAAUUCACGCAGCUGGUCAGCUGGAGGUUCUCAAUGCUAAAUUGAGACGUGUUGGCAAAAUUAUUGGGAACCACGUUGAUGACACUCACAAACAACGAGAGGUACAGGAGGAACAGUUGGAAAAAGGUUAUAGUGGAGAAACGAUGUGGGAAGAUCUCUGUAACUGGAUCAGGCACCAUCAGGACGUCAUUGCUUUCAUUAAUGAAAUUGAAAGGUUGCUGAGCAAAAUCGUCCUGCUUCAGUUCACAGGAGCUACUGUUAUUAUUUGUGUCACUCUAUACCAAAGUUCCAAGAACACAGAAAACAUAGCAGCACUUCUACUGUUACAAGCAUACUUAGGAGUCGUUAUAUACGAGAUAUUCAUGUAUUGCUGGUACGCCGAUGACAUAUUAUAUCAGAACUGUCGCCUUGCGAAGUCCGCCUACUACUGCGGCUGGCCUGGGGCGCCUCCAGACCUGCAGCGCGCCCUGGUGUUCAUCAUCUGCAGGACUCACAGGCCUCUGGGACUGACCGCCGGCAAGUUCUACUACGUCUCACGAGAAACGUUUGUCCGGUUGAUGAGUGCUUCCUACUCAUACUACGCUCUUCUCAACCAGGUGAACGGCAACUGAAUGUAAAAAAACACCCACUUUAUG